UCCCCUCACGCUUCCCCGUGCCCUUGUGACGCCCCCAGCAACGCUGCACAACCGCGCCAGAAGUACCUUUCGCUGCGCCGCAUCUCGUCCACUUUUUACGUAGGCAAUCACGCUUCGCUCCCAAAGACGGCUUUUCCUCUGCCUCGGAACGUCAAUGGAGCUGGUCAAUCGCUAGAUAUUGUGUCACUCAAGUGCUGCGGGGCUUCCGCACACUGAGGCACCACCAAGGGGACGACGGCCUCCUCUACAAUGUCCACAGACGAAGCCGAGCCGCCGCCGCCGUCCCCGACUACUGCCACAGAACGGUAUGCGCCGACACCUGCGAGACUCUCCUCCCGCGAUCCACCGAUGCAAGACUCAAGCUGGAGCUCACUCCACUCUAGCCUCGCCGUUAAGUGUGCCUCCCUGCCAAAUUCAAGCGUCAAUGCCGCCUGCGGGGCCCUAGCAGGCAUCGCCUCGGGAAUCGUGACAUGCCCGCUCGACGUCAUCAAGACCCGCCUCCAAGCGCAGGGCUCCUUUCGCCCUCGCAGCUUCACCCGGCCGACGCGCGCAGUAUACAACGGCUUGAUAGGCACCGCGCGGGUGAUAUGGACCCAAGAUGGGGUUCGAGGCAUGUACAGAGGGCUCGGCCCGAUGCUGCUUGGAUAUAUUCCCACGUGGGCCGUCUACAUGAGCGUAUACGAUCUCUCCAAAGAUUUCUAUUAUACGCGAAUGGAAAAUAAAUGGCUCUCGCGGAUAUCUGCCUCGAUUACGGCCGGCGCUUGCUCGACGCUAGCGACAAACCCGAUAUGGGUCAUCAAGACAAGACUCAUGUCCCAAGUAAGCUCCCGAGCUCAAGAAGAACACCGUCCGCCAUGGCAUUACAAAAGUACUUUCGAUGCUUUUCGGAAAAUGUACGCGAGCGAAGGCCUGUCAGCAUUCUACUCUGGUCUCACACCGGCACUAUUGGGACUCAGCCACGUCGCGAUUCAAUUCCCCUUAUACGAGUACUUCAAGAUGAGGUUCACCGGUCUUGAGAUGGGACAGACCACAUCAGCAGACAGCGAUGUGCAUUGGGUCGGCAUCCUAGGAGCGACCAUACUAAGCAAGAUCUGCGCAACAUCUGCUACCUACCCGCAUGAAGUCCUUCGCACCCGACUGCAGACUCAGCAGCGAACCCUUCCUUCGCCUUCACAUGAGGAGAUAGCGUUUCGAGGCGGACAUCAAGGCCUUGGUCACCAUACACGUCCUCCAGGCACUGCAUCAUCAGACGGUAUGAUCAACAUCCCGAGAUAUCGCGGGGUAUUGAGGACUUGCGCCAUCAUUCUCAAAGAGGAAGGAUGGAGAGCCUUCUACAAUGGCAUGGGCACCAACAUGAUCCGAGCAGUACCAGCCGCAGUAACCACCAUGAUGACGUACGAAACGCUAAGGUCAAUGCACCAGAAGCUAAAGAACGAAGGAGAAGAGAUCGAGCGGCAGUCUCGCUAGUCGAAUUCCUGCUCGUACGCAUAGAGUUCCUUGGGCGUUGUGUUUUCGGGAGCGCGAUAUUCCCCCUGUGAGCAUUCCCGCUUUCGCUUUUCCCCUUUCUGUACAUAUCCUGAACAGCAUCUCGGGUGGUAUGGUAAGCCAUUGUUAGCAGGCAUCGGAGCUACAGGCGUUUGGAGCUAUCAGUACUUUUGAGAGCAUACUUGUGGAUGGUACGCAUAUCCGCGGGAC